AUGGUGGAUUACUACGAACAGAAGGCGCCAUUCACCGGAGAGAAAACGGACGGAUUGGCGUAUUGGGAGCGCCAGAAUCUCCCCGCCGAGCAGUAUCCCAUCAAAACCCUCGCAAUUUGGAUUCUUUCAAUCCUUCCCCAUGCCGCCGAGGUAGAGUGUCUAUUCUCAAAUCUCAGUGGUGUCCAAGGACUGCGCCAUUGCAAUCUCGCUGUCAGUACUUUUGAAACACUUGGGAAAUUACGCGCCAACUACCGCCGUAUCCUCUGGUCUCGCGCCAAGGCCAUGGGCAAGUCAACUCAACGAAAACACACUCAUAUGCACACACGAGAGGGUGGCGGGAUUGAUGAAACGUUGGUGGACGAGAUUGAGGGAGAAUUGGAGCCUGCUGGCAGUCCCGAUGACGAGGCUGUGCUGGCAGGACAUGUGGAAAUUACCACCGACAAGAUUGAGAGGGCGUAUACCGAGCUUGAUCAAGACUCUCGCGCCCCAAUCCCGACAGCAUGGGAGGCCGAAACCGAAGGAUGUACCAUUUCCGUGGACCUGGCUUUCGAUUUAUCCGAGUUUGCAUCAUGCAUGCAUCGAGGAGGGUACGCAAGAAGGGAAAGUACCCCAGUCGCCAAAAGCUUUUGA